AUGAACGCACACCAGCGGGCCGAUGCAGAAGAGAAAUCGCUGGCCGAAGUUUUCGACAUGGUCGGCUUCGGACGGUUUCAGAUGCGGCUGCUGUUAAUAGCUGGCUGUGGCUUCAUGGCCGACUCCAUUGAAGUGGGUGUUGUAACCUUUCUGGAACGCAAGAUUCCGGAAGAGUGGCCUGAGGCUGAAGGAUGGGCUUUAAAUGCCCUGUCCAUGAGUGUCUUUGGCACGAAGCUGCUUGGCAGCUUCAUUUGGGGCAGCCUGUCCGAUCGCUUGGGUCGGAGGCGAGCCUUCUUGCUGGCUAACGUUUUUCUGCUGGUCACCGGUUGCCUCUCUGCGGCAUCUCCCUCGUACACAUGGUUGGUUGUGGCCCGUGGAUUGGUCGGCCUGGCCAUCGGUGGCGUUGUGAUUCCCUUCGACAACCUGGCGGAGAGUGUUCCGGAGAAGUAUUCGAGCACGAUGUGCUAUGCGAUUGAAUACGCCUGGACGAUCGGCACAUUGUACACAAACGCCCUGGCUGCCGCUAUCAUGGAGACUUGGGGUUGGAGGAUAUACUUGUUGCUGACUGCUCUGCCCAUUCUCCUUGCUUGCAUUGGAUAUUUGUAUCUCGAGGAGAGCCCUUUGUGGCUUUUGGACCGUGGUUACGAUGAUGAUGCACUGGCGACGCUGCGUCGCAUCGCCGCCGUCAACAAUCGGGAGCUUGGAAACAUAGCACUGGUCUCAUACGCGCAUGAAGCGGAACCGAAUUGUACGGAGCUGCUCGUGCCAUCUCUGCGACGACAGCUGCUGUCGCUUAGUGGGAUUUGGUGUUUGGGACUCUUUGGUUAUUACGGCGCUUCGAUGGCCAGCGGCUUCCUGUUUGAAUCCGGUGGAACGAUGGAUUAUACCGAAGUGCUGUUCACGAGUUUUGGCGAAAUCGUCGGUACGACAGCCGUGCUCCUUGCUUCGUUUCGAAUCAGUGCUGCCACAGUUCAACCGUGGUGCUACUUGUUAAGUUGCCUCGGCUGCCUCGGUGUAGCAGUGGCAAAGCUGUUCAACGGAUCUAACAUCCUCAUUGCGGUGCUGGCCUUCUUGGUUCGUGCUGGAUGUAUGGGUGGAACUGCAGCAACGUGGGUCCUGACCCCAGCUGCGUUUCCCACCCACAUCCGCUCGACUGCCCACAGCCUGUUGUUUGCUUGGGGCUCCGUGGGAAGCUUGUUAGCGACCCUCUGGCCUUCGAAGACAUCCGCGACAGUCAUCAUGGGCACAUAUGCCGUUGCCAACCUGGCGUGCGUGGUCUUGGCUGUUUGGCAGGACCGCGGAAUGGCACCGCGUGGUGCCUUCGACAGCUUGAUUUCCGACCUCCAAGCAUCCAACCUGGAUCGGCGGGCCCGCUCUUCCCUCGCCCGAAGCAGCCGCGCAGCCAGCCGCACAAGCACUGUGACCGGCCGGCCCAGCAACAUGAGUCGUCCUAGUUGGCCGUUGCUGCCGGCCCGCACAAUGUCUCGCCAAUGUUCCGAGCGAGACCUGGAGCCUCGGGGCGUUGUUGAACGCGGCAUGCCCGCAACGUGA